AUGAGUCUGGCUGUUGAUGCAUUAGACCUUACCAGGGUCCAACAUCUUCAAAGAGCAGAGGAAGCCGGCGAGUCCCCUCCUUAUGCUACCAGCGCGAUCCUCCAGGAGGUCAACUCCAUCAAAGAGAUCCUCAACCGUCAGCCCGCAUCAGACCAGAACUUAUCGCCGCAAAAGCUCGCCGGGUUUCUCAACUUCGUUCGGACCUUCAUAGACAACCAGUCGUCCACGGUUCCGGCAUCAGACAUGGCGAGACUGUCCGUCACCGCCGACAACGCCGGCUCUUCAACCUACUCCAUGUCCGCCGCACCAAGCUUAGACGGAGACGUGAACCCAUACCCAACCCUGCUCGCGCCAGCUCCCGCCCACGCCACAUUCCGUCACGUCGGCAAGAUCACAAUGAACCUGGAAAAAGAACCCGUCGACAUCCGCUUCACCUCCGCAACAGACCCGACCUCCUUCGCCGUCUCCAACUUCUUCAAAGACAUCAGCCUCUUCGACGCCGCCUCCGGGGAGCGCAGGCGUACCAUCAAAGUAAAAGGCGUGAACAUGGUCUUCUCCCCGCUGAUGGACCUCGUCGCCGUAACGACGGAGCAUCACGAUGAAUACGUCAACCGGUUUCCCAAGACCAUUAUAACAUCACAUGACAUGGUCCACUUCGAGAGGCCGGCCCUCUACGUCGUCGAAUGGGUCAACGACAACAGCCCCAACGCGCGCAAGUUCAUCCUGCAGUGGCACGGCAUCCGCGCCUUUGCCUUCAGCCCCGACGGCCAGCUUCUGGCAAUCAAGGGAGUACGCAAUCGCGUUGAGAUCGUCACAGCCGCCAAAGGGCAGGGGUACAGCGUCAUCCGCAGUCACACCGAUGAAGUCACGCACGCGGAGUGGACGGCGGACUGCACCAGGCUUGUCACUGCAUCCAAGGACGGGACGCUGAGGAUCACGAAUGUCGAGACUGGCCGGAACAUUGCCAAGAUCGAGAUGGAGGACUGGAGGAACCCGCUCCGGCUUGCUGUGAGCCCGGCGGGAGUGAUUGCAUCGAUUUGGGGCAGAACGGUGACGAUAUGGGACCCUGAGAGCGGCGCGAUGAACAGUUACAACCUUGAGACGGCAAAGGGCAGCGAGGGCGUCCCCUUGGCGAUCUCACCUGACCUGCGGUGGGUUGUGUACCGGUCAGACGAUGGCGCUGAUGCCACCGACCUCGCGACUGGGAAGGUGGUCUACUCGGCGAGGCUGGAGUCAGGCUUCGCGGUCUCGGCUGCCUUUUCUGGAAAUGGGCAGUUCAUGGUAGUCGGGAGAAAUGAUUCUGGCAUUCUCAACAUUCAGACUUGA